UGUUUUUAUAGCAUUUUUAUUUGAUGAUUCUCCCUUGAUACACGAUUCAAGUCGGACACAAAUAAAAAUGGUGGUUCAAUAGAUUAGAUUUCUCUGAACACUUUGUUUAUUAAAAUAAGACUCGAACAGAAAUAAGGGUGGAUAAUAAUAAGAAAACAUUUUUAUUACUUUAUUAAAUAAUAAAAUACAACGAGUGCGAUAACGUGGUGCGUCCGGGAGAGUUGUGUUUGACAAAUAACAGGUUGUCGGAGACACCGAUUUCGCUACAGUUUUGAGUUGAAUGUGUUGUUUUUUAACUGUAAUAAGUUGAUACAUUGUGGAGGAUUUCAAAACGAGAAGUGAAUGAAAAGUUUCUAGAAUAUUAUGUUGAGUAAUACGCAAAGUAAGCGAUGUAAAGCUUAAUUAUAAGCUCUGCCUCUACCAUCCAAUCAGCAUGUGACCCACAUCUUAGAUUUCUCUUCUUUGUGUUUCACUUGUAAUUUGUCAUUCAGAAACUAAGAAGCACAAAGCUACAGCAUAGGAUCGUUGGAACUGUUAAGCAAAUCGAAGAGUGUGUGUAGUGGCAUGAUAUUUCACAAAAUUGUUACGGUUGACUACCUGCCAGUCUCUGUGGGGGUCAGGUGCAGAUCAUAGGAGCACUAUAUGCUGAACAAUAAUUGCUGAUCAUCUAAACACUGAAGAGUGCAAUAGAUAAUCAGAACUCUUUACAAGUGAGGGCAUAAUGAAUGCAACCAUACAUCUGAGGAGAAGUGUAUAUAAAAGUGUAACAAAAUGAAGAUAACACAUGUUCAUACCCAACAAUGCAUCAAGGAGUAGGGCAAUGAUGCAAGAUGGCACAUUCUGAGAAUCAAAGACACAUUGUGCAGGUAUAUGUGGGAGCACUCUCGCCCCACUAUGAAGCCCUGUCUGUCGAAGCUUCUAAGCAGACAAGUUCAGAAGAAAUAGUCACUUGCAUCACAGAGAAACUCAGUUUGAACGAUGGAACAGGAGGGCCGUACGAACUUGCCGAGGUGGUUGGAGACAGUGUCAGCGGCGAAUGUAAGGAGAGGCGACUCGGUCCCAAUGAGUCCCCCGUGGCUGUCAUGCUUCUUUGGCCGAUAAACAAAUCCACUAUCCAAUACAACAGAUUCUAUCUCCGUGAAAAAAUUCCAGACGAACCAUGGAUGGAGAACUUUUCCGUGGAUCCGCAGCUGAUCAAGGAUUACUUCCAGCGGUUUCUGUAUCAGCCGAAAGACCGGGAGUACCCCGACCUGUGUCAGCUGCCCGAGCUCAACGAGCAGACGCUGUUAGAUAACUUGAGGGCGAGGUUCGCCGCCGGCUACAUAUACACAUACGUCGGAUCCAUACUGAUAGCUCUCAACCCGUUCAAGUUCUAUCCGAUUUACAACCCGAAGUAUGUGAAACUUUAUCAAAACAAACGGAUCGGCUUGAGCCUCCCGCCGCAUAUAUUUGCGGUGGCCGACGCGGCUUACCACUGCAUGCUGCGAGAGAGGACUAACCAAUGCAUAGUGAUUAGCGGCGAAAGCGGAUCCGGCAAGACGGAGAGCACGAACUUCUUACUGCAUCACUUGACGGCAUUGAGUCAGAAAGGAUCUCACGGCAGCGGAGUGGAGCAGACGAUACUGAGCGCGGGACCCGUGCUCGAGGCGUUCGGCAACGCGAAGACAGCUCACAACAACAACUCCAGCAGGUUCGGCAAGUUCAUACAAGUGAAUUACAAAGAAAAUGGAAUGGUGCACGGUGCUGUGGUACAAAAAUAUCUACUCGAAAAGUCGCGAAUUUGCAGUCAGGGACGUAACGAGAGGAACUAUCAUGUGUUUUACUAUUUGUUGGCGGGUGCGUCGGAGCAGGAGAAGGAACAGUUGCAUUUGCUCAGUGUGGACAAGUACAAUUAUCUGUCGAGGACUGGGUGUAGUGAUGUGCCCGGCACCGACGAGCAGUACGAAUUCUCGCGGCUGAAGCAGUCGAUGGAGAUGGUGGGCUUCACGCUGGACAAGCAGCGGAGGCUAUUCGCGGUGCUCUCGGCGGUGCUGCUGUUGGGCAACGUGGAGUUCCAGCCGCAGCGCAAGUCGUACCACCACGACGAGGCGGUGGGCGUGCGCAACCCGGAGGUGGUGUCGCUGAUCUCGUCGCUGCUGCGCGUGAAGCAGGAGACGCUGCUCGCCGCGCUCACGUCCAAGCGCGCGCGCGCCUCCGGCGAGACGCUCGUCAUCAACUACAGGUUGCCAGAAGCGAUAGCGACUCGGGACGCAAUGGCGAAGUGCUUGUACGGUGCUCUGUUUGACUGGAUAGUGAUGCAGGUCAACCACGCGCUGCUCUCCAAGAAGGACACGCUCAGGGAACAUCAGGGAAACAGUAUCGGCGUUCUCGAUAUUUUCGGCUUCGAAGACUUCGGGCUGAGCAACAGCUUCGAGCAACUAUGCAUCAACUACGCGAACGAGCACCUGCAGUACUAUUUCAACCAGCACGUGUUCAAAUACGAGCAAGAGGAGUACAGACGUGAGGGGAUUCGGUGGACGGAUAUCGGCUUCUCGGAUAAUACAGGAUGUUUGCAACUUAUCGAGGGGAAACUUAACGGGCUGCUGUCGCUACUGGACGAUCAGUGCAAUUUCCCCUGGGCGACAAACGAAACGCUAUUACAGAAGUUCAACUCCGUGCACGAAAACAAUCCUUUCUACGAGAAACCGCAAAGGCGGGAACCGGCCUUCGUCGUACGACACUACGCCGGCAGGGUCAAGUAUCAGGUGACGGCCAUGCGUGAGAAGAACUUAGAUCUAAUGCGGCAGGACAUAGUAAGCGUGCUGAAGAACUCGUCGCUCGCGUUCGUGCGGGAGCUGGUGGGCGUGGACCCCGUCGCAGUGUUCCGGUGGGCGAUCGUACGCGCGUUUUUCAGGGGGUACUUCGCGUUCAUGGAGGCGGGGCGGCGCCACCGCGUGCAGCGCGCCGACGGGGCGCGGCACCCGCGCGCCUCCAUACACGCGCACAACGACAACAUCAUCAGAACACCACACAGAGCGGCGAGUAAAGUCCGCGACACGGCCGCGCGUCCCGCCAACGAUACUAGAGGGAAAGAGACGGGCGGCUUGGCGCGCGUCGGCGGGAAAGGGACAAAGCAUUACAGGCUCGCCGAGACGCGCACGCGCCGCGCCGACCGCGACCGCGACGAGCGCGCCCUGCACGACGCCGACGUGCUGCAGCGCGCCGAGCAGAUCGUCAUGAAAAACAAAUCGUUCAGGCCUCGUGAGCGAGCGAAAAAAGGCCUUAAGAACUUACAAAGUGUAAAGACGUUAGCGGGGAGGAUCGCGGUGCCCACCGGCAAACGGAAGCAGCCGAUGACUGUCGCCGCGCAGUUCCAGCACUCGCUCGCCGCGCUCAUGGAGACUCUCAAUCAAGCGAAUCCGUUCUUUAUCAGAUGUAUAAAAUCAAACAGCGAAAAAGUGCCGCACGCUUUCGACGACGAGACGGUGCAAAGACAGCUGCGGUACACCGGCAUGUUGGAAACCGUCCGGAUCAGACAGGCCGGGUACAACGUGCGGCUCACGUACGAAGAGUUCAUACAAGUGUACAGGAUACUGUUGCCCAAGGGGUUGUUGAGCUCGCAGACCGACGUGCGGCACUUCCUGGCCACGUUGAACUUGGACAGGGAUAACUAUCAGCUUGGCAUGACGAAGAUCUUCAUGCGCGAGAGUGAGCAGACGAACCUGGAAUACCGUCUGCAUCAGCAGAUCAUGGCGUCCAUCAUCACCAUCCAGCGCUGGUUCCGCGCGGUGCUGGAGCGGCGUCGGUUCCUCGCGCUGAGACGUGCCUCCAUCGUGCUCCAGUACUACUGCAGGCAAUGGUUGACGGCACGUCACGAAGCGGCGACGAAGGUACAAUCUUGGUUACGAGGCUCAAAAAUCAGACGAUGGUACUUGCGGUUCUGUAAGGGCAUCGUAGUAUUCCAAGCGGCCUCUCGCGGCUUCCUGCUGAGGAAAACCUUGCCAGCAUUGAGGAAACGACUCCCACCGCCAAAGGAGAUAAAGGAGAAUUCGGAGCAUGACGGUAAAGCGGCCGCCGUGUCGAACGCCGAAUACAAGCGAGAGUCUUACAAUAAGAAAUACAAGACUGAUAUCGAUAAACAGUUAGACAUGAUAUUACAACUGGAUGCAGAGAAGACGAGAUUACUGCGGGCAACGCAGUCUCUACCCAUACAAAGCUUGGAGAAAAACCGAGAUAUCGUGUCGAUAGCGGAAGUUCCAAGCAUACCUCCAGUGCGGCAAGUACCAAGAAGACAAUUGGUCGAGAACGAUUCAAAGGAUUUUGAAAGAAUUGUGGAGGUAGAAAACAAAGCACCCACGGGCGACAAAUGGAGGUACACACAAGUGUCUCUACCAAAUAAGAUCACACCCGAAGAUCUGGCGAACGAAAUGCUUUGGCUCAGGAUAGACCAAAACUUCAUGGCGAAACAGAAGAAAGAAAAGGAGUUAUACGAAAUGGUGGAAUCUAUGACAAGUAGUAGUGAAGAAUACUUACGGCAGAUCGGCAACUGGUCCACGGCGGAGUCCGACAGCAGUAGUCGGAGUAGCUUGUUGAGACGCGGGUCGUCCCUGGUGGCGCCGGUGUACCAGCGCAGCCUGUCGAGCAGCACGCUGUCGCCGACGGGCAGCGCGGCGCCCGCGCCCGCGCCCAGCGCCGCGCCCGCCGCCACGCCCAUCCCGUGUUCCGUGGCGCAGCGGUCGCUGGAGCCAGCCGCGGCGGCGGCCCCCGGGCCCGCGCCGCCCGCCGCCCCCUCCCCCGCCGCCGCCAGCGCACCGCCCGCGCCCCCCGCACGCGCACCUCGACGCUCGCCCCGCCGCUCCCCGCGACGACCGCCGCCCGACAUCAUCGUCGACGCUUCGCUCUCGUUGCAAGAUCAUCAUGCUGAACGCGGCGUGUCUGCGGGCGAGGCGUUGCGCCGACGCAACUCGGACCCCGCGCCGGGCGAGCCGCGCGGCGCCGACCCGCGCUCCACCGACUACAUCGGACAGACCGGCAACGGACUCUUUCGCAUCGCCGGACACAGGUUUCGCAAAGGCACGCGCUUCGCGAAAGGAGAUAAAUGCGUGUACUGCCUCCAAGCGAUCGACGCAUUCGUCACACAGGGCCAGAGAUGUAUCGACUGCAAGGAGCUGUACCACACCAAGUGUAUUCAGAACAAGGGCGUGAUAAAGAUGCCUUGUACGAGCCCCGUCGCUGUACCAACCAGAGGGCGGCACAAAAACAGAAAGAGAAUGAUAUCCAACUCAAAUUACAGCUUGCUCGCUGAUCCUAAAGGGUCCGUUCCGUCGAAUUUCAGCUUGACCGGAACGUCAGAAUUUAUGGACAGAGCCGACAAAAUUAUAUCAGACGCGAACGAGUUGCAGGCCAUGCAGAAUUUCAUCACUGAGAAAAUCUAUAAAAUGGAGUCUAAUGAAAAUAAUAAACAAUCGGAAGUGGACAGGGUAUUCAAACACGCUCUACUAGAGUUCAAAGACAACUUGGUAGCGACGUACAGCAUCUUCGAGACUCGCGGCUCGGCGCUCAAGUACAAGGAUCUGAUCGCGAACUUCCUGCACGUGAUGGAGACGGUGUGCGCGCGCGAGGGCUCCACGCUGUCCAUCACCAUGGGCGUCAACGCGUUCCGAGGGUUCAUGGACGAGUUCAUGAGCCAGCACGACACCGAGAAGUCUAGGACGAAACGGAAAAAGGAUAAGAAGCGGAAGGUUGACGACCCCAUACAAUACAAAGGCCAUAACUUCGUGUUGUCCAUGAUCAACAUCCCAACGGAGUGCGAGAUUUGCAAGACUUUCUUUAUGUGGCCGAUAGAACGGUCGCUCAUAUGUCAGACCUGCAAACUGGCAUCACACAAGAAAUGUUACACAAAGGUAUCAACGCUUUGUCGAAAAGACGGUGUCAUGCCAUCGGCGGCGAUAGUGGGCGCCGUGGAUGCGGGCGGCCACGAGCAAAUGGGCGUCGUUAAACGUGGCAAGGUGUUUGGUAUGCCACUAAGCGAGCUACCGACGGGAGAAACUAAUAUACCAGUGGUAGUAGACAGACUCAUCACCACAAUAGAGAUGACGGGGUUAUACACAGAAGGACUUUACAGGAAAAGCGGUCUAAGUUCUAAGGUGCGCGAGCUGCGGCGGCUGCUGGACGAGCGGCCGGAGGAGGGCGUGGAGCGACUCGACGUGUUCGCGGUGCACGUGCGCGCCUCCGUGCUCAAGAGCUUCUUCCGCGAGCUGCCCGAACCGCUGCUCACCUUCGACCUCUACGACGACUUCAUGCUCGCCGCGCAGAUAACCGACCCACAGGAACGAGUAUCCACUAUAUUCACGAUAUUAAGAAAGCUGCCCAAACCUAACUUUGAUCUGGUGGAGCGGUUGAUAUUCCAUUUAGCAAGAGUGGCUCUCCGGGAAGACCACAACAGGAUGGGUCCGAACGCGCUGGCGAUAGUGUUCGCGCCGUGCAUCCUGCGCACGCACAAGGUGCAGCCCGCGCAGGACUCGCUGCACGACAUCGCGCGCCAGACCGCCUGUCUCGAGGCCAUACUCGUCGACAAAAUGCGCACGACGCGCGGCAUGCUGCAAGACAUCGCGACGCUGGAGACGGCGUGCCACACCGCCACCAACCGGCUUUCCACCCUGCGCUCGCACGCACAGCCGCCGCGCACCGAAGAGCAGUUCCUCGUGGGACACAUACACGACAUACAGAAGGAGAAAGCCAUACUCACAUCGCACCUGCCCACCCUCAUCAGGGCAACAUCGGAUGACGAUUUACUAUCAACAACAGACCACGACGGCGAGCUGGGCAGCACCGACGACCUGAGCACGGGCGCCAGCUCGCUCCGAUCGCAGCGGCUGCUCCAUCGGCAGUUGUCCUCCGACGAUCCCAUCAUGGUCUAGACGCUAGGUACACGCCGUCGGGUUCGCCUCUCCACUAGUGUUCACAGGACGCAUGCGCAAGCCUCUUGCCUGAGAAGAGCUACAGAAUAUGUUGAAGUCGCAGCACACGUAUGCCAUCAAAUCAAUACAGGAUUGUUUAAUAAAAUAUAGAUUUGCGGCAUCAAGCUCACUAUUGUAAUAAAUGCAUUUAUGUUACACAUAUCUUUACGCUAAAAACACAUUGGAAUUGUCUAUUUUGUUGUGUGUACCUGAUAUCAAUUAUAAUGUGUAGAAAAAAAUUGUGUGCUAUUUAAAAUACAGGACGCAUACCAUUUUUUUUGAGUGAUCUAUUUCUUUUCAAAUGAUCGACUUUCAAAACAGUUUAUUAGAAGUGAUAAGCAUUGAAUUACUGGAAAGCAUUUUGUAAUAUAAUAUAAUAUUUUAUAUAAGUUUUCCAAACAAUAUGAAUGUAUUUAUGAUAACAGUAUUUAUGUGAAAUAUUAUCUACUUUUACUGUCGCCAGUAUACGAUAAAUUUAAACGUACUGUUAUUGAAGAGAAACCAUAUUACCUGGACAUUUUUACGGGUUGUGGGAUUUUAUAGAAACCAAACUAAUGUGAAUGUUGCAAGCAUUGCAUUAUAUUAGUGUGUUGUAGAGAGUUAGGUUGUGUGUUUAGUACGUUUGUCGUCUAUACACUCAUAAUUAUACAGUAAAUAUAUAUAUAAAUUUCAAAAUAGUAACCUUCAUUCCGAUGUAUAGUAAUACUAUCUUUUAUUUUACUGAGGGCAUAAUCUUAUUAAUUUUAUAAUUGUGGAACUUGUAGUUGUUACUCUAUUACGUAAAACACCUGAAUCAAUCUGAAUACUAGACUAUUGAAUAGUUUGUGUCUUAAAGUAUUUUUUACACAAAUAGCUUGUUCAGUUACUAAUUCAGAUUUGAUAUCCCGAAAAUGGGUGCCUCCAUGAGGCACGUAAUAUGACUUCUUAGAAUACGUAAUAACAUAUUAAAUUAGAUGUACAACUUGUCAGAGAAAGUUAUCGAGGAUAGAUAUUUUUGAUCGAUGUAUGGCCAUAAUCUAUUCAUUCUGACCACUUUUUAAUUUUGGAAAUAAACAAAUUAAAAAAGCACUUGCAGGCAUGUCCUUCGGUGUCCUCUGAUUGGUGAUCAAUCUAAAGAUAGCGAUUGUGAUCGCUAAUACAUUUAAACCGACGGAUAACCUCAAUUUGAUAUCCAAUUAGAGUUUUGUAAAGAUUUGAGUCUAACAAUAUUUAAAAUGGUAAUCUCGAACGGUGCCGAUUGAAAUGUAGAAAAAUGGUUUUUAGAUUCUCUACUUUCAUACACUGUUAAACUGGAUUGGCCUUUAUUUUUUACUGUCUCUACAAUCGCGGAGCUUAUUUUAGAAAAUUAUCUAUCAAAUCAGUUAUUGUUAAUCAGCUGUACUUUAAUGGUGCAUACCAUUGGCGUUACUAGAGAUUUAAACUAGGUCAGCCAGCCAGCGCGGCAGGAGCAAAAAGAGGUCUCCGAUUUUAUACACCACGCGAACCUCUCGUAAAAAUUCCGAGGGUUUUUUCUAGAGUACAAACGUGUCUAGGGUGUGCUCAGCCCACACUUUCCCCCCACGUAACUACGCCUAUGGUGCCGUAUGCAGAUUUAUGUUAGAAACAAAAUAUUUAAUAAAAUUGCAGUGAAAACAGAGCGUCUCCGUGCGGUAGGACGCUGUACGAUAAAAAAAUGUUUUAACCAACCUUGCGUUCAUGGAUUAAACUGCUGCAUGUCGCGUAACUAAUAUGCAACAUGUUUAAUAUUUAAUAAGCGUGUAGACAGCAAAAUUUAUUUACACUACACAUAUUGUGUUUUACUGUUUAAUUUGGUUUUUAUUAUUUUCACUGCAAUGUGUCUAAGCAUUAUUCAUUAUUCUCAGGAUUCUCCGAGAGAUUAUGUUUUAUGAUUUAUUUUUGCGAAAUUGUUACUAUAAAUAAAAUUUGAAACAUCAAAGGCUCGACAAAGUUCAUUGUUAAUUGGUCGGUCUUCAAUUGUCGGUACUAUUUUCUACUUUUUUUUAUAUAAUAUAAACACGAAACGAAUUUAAUAAAACUUAAUAUUUUUAGUUCUUUAAUCAUUUUGUAUAAUUUUCCUAAAACUGUGCUGUUUCGUUGAUAUAAAAACCCUGGUGUUGAUCAUUUAGAGAUGAACAUCUAAAAAAAAGAACAAUAUAUACAUUUGUUGUUCUCAAUGUUGUGUUUAAUUAACACUCCAUAGUAUAUGGCUCAUUUUAUUACUUGUAAAUAUGUUAAGUCUUGUCUCAUUGUGAUUUUUAACUUGGCAAUAUGUUUUUGUUACAUUUAUCACAAGAAUGAUAAUGUGUUAAUAUUAUAUUUGUAAGAAAUUUAAGUGUUCUAUCUCUACUAAAUUCUUGGCUAUGUAAUUUAUUCCGUAAGUGUUACAUGUUUUGAAUUUAAGUUUUCUAAAAGUUAAAAGGUUAUCAGACUUUUAUAUAAAUUGAAUUUAAAAAGUACUUACUACGAUAAUUUUUAACACUGUAGCGAUAAAACCAAGAAAGGAAUAUCGUACGAAGGUUUUAAUAAAUAUCACAAACAGUUGUUACCUACUAUCACAAAUACAUUGACAAGAUUCUAAAUAUUAAUGUGUACUAAAAUAAUGGGACUUACUUGCCUCUGCGCUUUCAUGUUCUAAAAAAGACUGUCUAUUAAUAAGCUACGGAAUUUAUUGUUAAGUCACAAAAUAUAUUUUACCACUUUUAAUUAGUUUAUAAUUAUUUACAACGAAUUAUUCUGUGAAAUCUUUGAUUGAUUCUAAGCCUCCUGAUGUUUACUGUGGAGGAGUUUUAUAGCUCAAUUUUGACGGCUUGAACUAUCCUAUGAUGUACCUACGUAUUCAUCUAGGUUUACUGGUCAUUUGUAAUGCCAUAAAAUACUUGAAUCUCAAAACGAACGUUAAGAAAAUUUUGUAAAAUGUACACUUUAUAACGUUCCUUCGCAUAUUAUAUAGACAAUGUAAAUCGAUAUAGUUAUUCUUGGAGUUAUUUGCACUUGUUGAAAAGAAAAAAAUAAACGUUUGUCGAAGUACCGAACAAAUACUGUAUUUUUAUGUAAAGUAUGUUGUUUUUUAUUGGGGUUGUGUCGCAGUAAUGAACUGUAUUUUCCGUGCCUUCGACUAGUUUGCUUUCAGCAGUCCAUGUCUAGCCUGAACGCGUCUGAAAGUUAGGUGUACUGUUGAUGUUUACAUAGUGUUAGCGUUACUUGUAUCAUUAAACCAUUGUUAGCCACGUGUGUGCAUUCUCAGAUAUUAACUUCAUUCUCUUAAAGAGUGGUCUGUAAAAGCUAAUCAGUGACAUACUCAUAACUAAUUAAAUAUAAAUUAUUUUGUAUAAAGAUGUAUGAAUGUGCAAUGUGGCCACAUGUAGUAAUAUGGACACUUUAGAAGUGUAUAUAGUUACUGUAUCUGUUCUAUGUAAGAAUGUGUAAAUAUUUAGAUAGUAUACAGUUUUAGAAAGUACUGCUCUACACUACAAAACUAUUGUCUGCUGAUGUUGAAUGUAUAAAAGUGCCUCAAAACAGCCCAUCAUUUUUGUUUAUUCAUUAAAAUGAGACACUUCAAUAAGAUUAGAUGUGUUAUGUUUAAAAAAAUUAUGUUAAUAUUACUUCUCACAAUUGCCCUCUAUCUGAGUUUAAUCUAAAUUGUUAUGUGAAUGUUUCGAAGACGGAAAUGUUGCUUUUAGCAUGUUUUGUUACAAGAUUAGUACAGAUGCUGAUCCAAUUUUAUGAUAUUACAUGAAUAUUUGUUAAUUCUGGAUAUUUCCCAUAGUAAAUGUGUUUACUAGACAUGUAGUCUUAUUUGCUAAGGACCAAUAAAUACUGAACUGGUAACACAUGGUCAUUUUAUGUAACUGUAUGCUGUUGUCUGUGAAGCUCUAUCUAUAAUAAAUUUUGUAUCAUAAACAUGUAUAUUGUCCGCGAUAUUGUAAGGAGUGCUUUAUUUUAGUCAAUGUAAGCAAAAUGUAACCAAAACCUUAUACAAAAUAUGAAUAAAAAUGUUCAGUGGAAAAAAA